AUUUUGUAUACUCAAUUAAACAGCAGAAUAAUAAAUGGAUUAUUUCUAUUUUUAUUUUUCUUGGAACCAUAAUAAUUCUUAAAUGUUCAGAUGAAAAUAGAUUAUUUGUGAAAGAUUACAUUAGAAGAGGAACCAAAAAAGUAGCUUUUGAUAAAACAUGUUCACAUAUUUAAGCUAAAGUCUAUUUAAUAUGCAUAUUGUCAAGUGAAGAAAGUAUUUUUAUUUUUAGGGAAAUGUUCAUGUUUUUAGAACUUUUAAAGCAGUUAUGGCUUUAUAAGGUGAAUGCUAGAGAUCCAAUCUUUUCGUUUACUUCAUAUUAUACAAUAUUACUUGUACAAAUAUUAACAUCCACGUUAUUUGUGCAUACUACAGUUAAUAUGCAUAAGCAUCAGUCAUAUUCGGAUACAUUAAAUUUAUUAACUGGAAAUAUAUCUUCAAAAUUACCACCUGUUGGUUUACCUGUUAUUUCAAAUUGGCGUACUAAUUUAUCUUUGGAUUUUUUUUCCAUGUCUAAAUCAAAAUUCAAUCGAACAAACAAAUUUCUGCCUGUAUCAACUCAAUUCAAUAUGUAUCACAAUCGACUAAUGGAUAUAAAUAAAACUAAUUAUGACUUGGGUGGACGUCAAGGUCAAACAGUUUCUUCUGCUUCCUCCGCAUCUUCCUCUCAUUUUGUUGAUCAGUCUGGUCCGUGUACACCAGAAGAAGAGGCAAACAAACUACAGUGUUUACGGGAAUUACCAGCAGAACGAUAUGAAGUCCUUGAAGGUGAAACAGUCUUAAUGAGGUGCCGUGUUGCCCAUCAACGAGGCAAAGCACAAUGGCGUGCUAGGAACUUCUUACUAGGCUAUAAAAGAAAUAUUCCUGAUUGGCCACGAUAUUCCAUGCAAGGUGAUUCUGAGCAAGGAGUACACGAUUUAUUAAUUCACAAUGUGAGUCGAGAAGAUGCUGGAGUAUUCGAGUGUCAAGUUUCACCUGUUGCUGGACAAAACCCACUUCGGCGUCAAACACUGUUGGUUAUAUUAGUGAAACCAACACCGCCAAAGAUUUUAACCUUACCCGGUGUACCUCAACCUUCUGCCAGUGGUCAGCUGGUUGUGGCUUUUGACUCUAAUGAAGCUAACUCGGCCAAUAGUAGUUCGUUAAAACUCAUCUGCCAAGCUAAAGGUGGUUAUCCUACUCCAAAAUUUGAAUGGUUUCACAAUGGAAAUCUUAUAUCAACAUCAAAUGAUAAUUUUCAGGAUGAAAAUGAUAAAAAUGAUUCUCGAGAAGUAAACAAAGACAAGUUCGUGCUGGAAAUUGACAAAAGAAGGCUGGCCACAAGAGAUCGACUUGUAUGCUUGGUUAGCAAUAAAGCGACAUUACGUUCAAAUCAUUUAUAUGAACAGAAACUAAGAGCGGAGAUAAUGAUUGUAAUUCAGUCUCUACCAGGUGAUCCUGAAAUUAUUGAUUGGGAUAAAUCUAUGAAUGAAUCAGACGGUCUCUAUGUCGGCUCAGUGUUGGAGGCUACAUGCAGAGUGAAUCCACCUGGAAAUCCUCCUGGCAUAGUCAUAUGGCGAUUUGAAAGUCCUAACUCACCUUUACAGACAGAUGAAUUCAAACUUUUUGGAGGUGAUCCAGCGAAAUCAACUAUCAACAAUGUUAUCCCCAUUUCCAACGAAAAUGUAAUCAACCAGAUUACCGAUGAGAAGAUUCUUAGCAGAGUUAGAAUUUCCAACCUUAAUUCUACUAUGCAUGGAUUAGAUUUAAUUUGUGCGGUUAGAAAUCAAGUUGGUCCUGAAAAAACUACAAAGAAACGAAUUCAGAUACGCCAUGGUCCAUCGUAUGUGGAUAUUUAUGGUCCAUAUGAAAGAAUGAUUGAACUUAAACAAAGAGUGAAUGAUUAUGAUAAACUAAGACUGACAAACAAUAGAACCGCUUUAGUCAGCGUUAAUAAACAAAGUCUAUACGUGUACCUAGAUAGGCCACAAUAUUUACUAUGUGUCACAGGAGUUUAUUAUGGACAAACAGAAAUGAAAUGGCAAGGAAAAUUACACAAUAGCGAACAAUGGGAAUUAAUUGCUCCACUGGAGUCUUUUAUACGCAAUGAACCAGAUGAAUUGAAUCAAUUCAAUCUUAUUCAAGCAUCAAUAAUACAAUUAGUUUCGACGAAUACAAAAAGAAAUAGCCUAGCCUGGAGUGAGAUAGAAUGCAUCGCUAGACCAGACUUUUACAAAAAAGAAAAUGAUAAAUUAAUAUCAAAGCAUGUCAACCUGGAAAUAUACGAACUUCCAAGUGUUCCCGUAGUCACAGGUCAAAAAGGAGGAGUCCUACUGCUUGAAGGUACUACUUUAUCACUCCACUGCACAGCAAAGCAAGGAAAUCCACCAGGAAAGCUAAUAUGGACCCAAGCACUGAAAGGUAAUAAUGAAAGUGAAGUAAUUGAUGAAUCGAUUACUAUUCAACAGAAUCAAUCAAAGAAAUCUUCUAAUGGUAUGCUUUUUUCAACUCUAAAUAUUAACUUGACAAAACUACAUGAUGGAGCUAUUUACAGAUGUGGUGCUAUGAAUCCUGGUUAUCCGUUUACAAGUACACAGUUCAGUUCACCAAUCCAAAUAGGAGUUGCUUAUUCAGCUACAGCAUUAAAUAUAAGUGUCAUAAGUGGAACAGGACAGACGGCUGAAAAUUCAAAUAUACGCGAAGAACUUCGAAGGAUAUUAAGUCAUUACAAGAUGAAAUAUAAUAACAUACAGAUUCCUGUUAUUCAGUCAAAUACAGGCUCUACUCUUAAGUUGUUGUGUCAAGUUGAAAUGUCGAAUCCAAAGCCUAAAUUAGAAUGGCGACUUCAUCACUGUCCACCAGUUCAGUUUUCAUCACUAGUGAAAGGAUUGAAUGAUACAAUUAAUGGGAUGAAACCACCCAACGAUCCAUAUGAUGCUUUUUUUAAAAGCUGUCAGUCUAUCCAGUUAACUGGAAGUCGAGUAGAAGAAACCUUUUCAGAUUCAGCCCAAAACAUUAUUUUAAGCAGUUAUUUAGAACUUCCUGUAAAUAUAUCGCAUGAUGGAGAUUUAAUAGAAUGUCUAAUACGAAAAUAUCCCACAGAAUAUUUCAAUGAUUCUGUUAAUUUUCAACCACCAUUUGAAAAGCAUGAAACAUCAAAAUCUGAUUUUCAAAAUAAACAUUUUCAAACUCUCACUUUAUUAAGCUCACAAAUUCUGCUUUCUAUUCAAUUUCCGCCAAUAUUUUUGAAUCCAGCUAAACAGUUGAAUUGGCCGAUGGAAUUUAUCACGGAAAAUACCGAACAAAAUGCUUUGCCACACUACAUUGUAGUGGAAGGUGGGUCACUUGAUUUAGAUUUAGAGCCAAUUUCAAAUCCUUCUUUAAGUAAAUCCUCUUGGUUCCGGAAUGGAUCUCCCCUUCCUAUAUCACAUGUCACUCGUAGUAUGUCAAAAAAUGAAAAGAACUCUGAAAGUUCUGAAUCUUCUACCACAGAAGAAGAUACUAACAAACGUAUUACUGUAAAUCCAACAAGAAUAAUUAUCCAUCCUGUUAAACGUUCCGAUAUGGCCAAUUAUACGUUGAUUGCUACCAAUGCAUUAGGAAGUAAUGAGUUCACAUUUUUUCUGAAUGUUACUUAUGGCCCUCAGUUGAUUGGUCCAGCUUCAAUAAAUGUUACCGUGACUGGCAAAAAAGCUGAGUUAAUUUGUCAGUCAGAAGCCAAUCCAACACCAACUAUUAAUGCUGUCCGCUGGAGACGUUUGACUAACACGUUAUUCGCUGCAGACUCAUUGGAAAAUCUCUAUAAAACUUCAAUUACUCAAACAACUUCUUCCUCAAGAAACCACUUUUCUCAGGCUGACUCAGCUGCUGGUAUUCAAUGUACUAAGGGUGAAUGGCAUAGUGGAUUUAAAUAUUAUGCAAAAUGUUGGUGCUCAUCGCCAGGAAUCAUGACUAGUACACUAACAAUUUACGAUUUGAGUCCAAAUGAUGUUGGUCGGUAUCAAUGUCACAUGGAUAAUGGUAUAGGUUCCCCAGCUGUUCGUACAAUUGAUCUUACUUAUCCUUUUGAACCACGAAUCGUCCCAGUAACAAGAUGGUCAAGAGCUGCAUCAAAUAUGAUUUUAACUAAGAAUAAAACCACCAGUGCUAUCCAAUCACAUCAAGUUCCUGAUCAAAUAAGCUCUAUUUUAAGUGGUCCUCAUGCACGGUUAACAUGCGUCAUCGCAGCAGAACCUAUGCCAGAAGUACAAUGGCUACGUGAACCAGCCAAUUUAACGCUAAUUGAAGGUGGUCAAUUCCGUUCAGUUGUCAAAUCAAUUAGACCAGGCCUAUAUCAUGCAAUAUUGUAUUUAAUCCAACCACAAGAUGUUGAUUUAGGGAGAUAUUUUUGUAAAGCAAAGAAUUUAGUCGGUGAGGAUACUGGUCGUGUGGAUCUAAUACGUCCAGUUCAACCAGAUGUACCCAGCUCUCCACGUUUAAUCAAUGCAACCAGUUCAAGUUUAGCAGUAUCAUGGACACAAGGAUUCAAUGGUGGUCCUGAACAAACAUUUCUAUUACAAUGGCAUGCAAAUGAAGAACCAGAUUACUAUAAUAAAGUGAAUAUUAAAGAAGAUCUAGAUAAUGAAGUAUUAACCUACAAUAUAAUGGGUCUUCAAAAAGCAACAACAUAUCGUGUAUCAGUUGGUGCUUAUAAUACAUUAUCUACUGCAACAUCUUUUACACCUUAUCUCUUGGCGUCUACAACUGCAUUUGAUUCAGUAUCAGAUGAAGAGGCAAUGAGAGAUGAAGCUAAAGCCAAAUCACAGAAAGAUGUACAAAAAGGACAUUGGGAUACUAAAUGGCUGAUGAAUUCUAAAGACUCUGGAAAUUCUGCGAAUCCAGACUCACAAAGACGAUCAGUCAGAUCUGGUCAUGAAUUAAAUUCUUCAGAGGACAAUGCAUUUGUGAUAAUUACAGCAGUAUCUGUGUUCGGCUCAUUUAUCUUAAUUGCAAAUCUAUUGAUUAUACUUAUAUUUACAAGAAAUAAGCGCCAAAAAUUAAAACGACAAGAGCGAAAGGCUUCUGCUGCCGGAGAGCUUAUGCAAAUAUACCCAAUGGAAAAUGGAUUUCCAGAGAUACACACUAAUCCACAAACUAACUUUUCAAUGUAUCCAGAUGAAAUGCGUCUAAAUGGCAGUUACAUGCUGCAAGCAAAUCCACAAGAUCAGUUUUCACCUUUUCAAAAUGGAUGGGAGCAAAUCCCUUUGAACAUAUGUGCAGAUCAAACGUCAUCCAUAAUGCGAGGAAAUCAAAUGUUUACAAACUCUCCUCACUCUAGCAUGAAAGCUAUGAACAUGCAGAACUUUAAUUCUCCAAAUCAUAUUGAAUUUAACAAUCGACCUCCUAGUGAUAUAUCGAUCCAACAUUCAUCAGUCUUCAUGAAUAAUCCAGACCCUAACACACUAGCUUAUUUAAACCCAGAUGCUUCAGCAGUGGAAGCUAUCCAGAAUAUGCAGGAUUAUCAUGAUUGUCCAGAAUUUAUGCAAACCAAUUUUUCAAACAAUACCUCACCUUUUAACUAUGAUGUGGAUCAUAUUCCUAGAAAUACUGAGCGUCCAACUCCUACCCAUCCUAGAGUUGUAAGUGUUGGGAGAACCUUAACAGACAGAAGUAACAGAAAUCGUUCUCCACAUUCUGGAGCUGCUUCUAGUGUUUCAACUGUUAGGUCAAAUGGACACGGUAAUACUAACAGUUUAGAAAGAAAUAUCUCAACUUUUCAAAGAUCGCAUCAUACAAAUUUGCUUGGUGAUUAUAGACAACUUGGCGGUGGUUUGACAUUACCAAAUGGUGGCUUAGGUCCGAAUAUUUUGAGCCCAAGUCCCCACCAGAAUGCAAAUAUACUAACAUCGAAUUCAAGGACUUUUCAGAGUUCACCAAGUAGUUGGAUACAACAAAAUGGGAUGACUACUAGCUUUCAUGGAGCUCGAACACCAUCGUGGAGACAUUACCCAAACUCUCUUGGAAAUGAAGAUUACGGCCCAUCUGCUUUAUCAGGACAACAAAUGGGAAGAAAUUCAUACAAUGCUUUUGCACAACAACCAUUACUACAACGUAUGAAUAGCUUUGAAUUACCUGAUAGCUAUAUUCUUAAUAAUCGCCAACAAACUAAUUCAAACAAGAGUUCUGAUGUUUCGUCACCAAGAUAUCAUCAAGAAUCUUCUCUAAAAUAUAUGAGUCACUUGGAAGAGAACAGGACGCCGUUGGGACAAAACAAUAAUGAUUAUAGGAAUGGGAACACAGAUUUCCCUUCUAAUGGCUCUACUAUACCACCACCGAAUGAUUUUCAAACAAAUGGUUCACAUAUUCCUUAUAUACAAAUCAACUGUUCAACUCCAACCGUUAGUAGACCAUAUUUUCAUAAUGCAGAUGAGAAUGAGAAUAUCAUUGUACCAGCUGGUGUUGAUGGAGAUCAUAUACAAGGAACCAAUCAACAGCGUCUUGCAAUACCCAGAAAUAUUUCCAAUGAAUUAAUGACACAUCAGAAUCAAAAUAAUUAUUCUUCUUAUGGUUGUGUUUUAUAACAUUAGGCACCCUAUAAUAAAUAGUUUAUUUGACUAAAUCCUGUUUAAAAAUGUACAGCGAAAUAUAUUCAAGUGUAAGCCAAAAAUUGCUGUUGUUUUGUCGCCAAUAAUUUUGCUUCAAAAAUUGUAAAUUUACCAGCAACACAGUGUUUUGCAACAAUUGUACAAAAAAGCAUUUAUUGUAAAAUAUCUUUUAAGAGUGCUAUUCAAAAAGAAAGCUACCUAUUAUUCACAUGACUUCAUUUCAUUUCUAAACGUCUCCAAGUGAAACAAGCUAUAUUAGUGGGUAAUAGGUAAAUAUUUCGCUUAUAUAUUAGAUUUCUAUG